CUUGGUCACGCCACGACGUCAGAACCGAGAACCCGUGAUCCCCACACAACAACAUCAUACCUUUCUUCUCGAAGCCCCAAAUUUCUUCUUUCGCCCAUAUCCUCCGGCUCCAGGGCUGGUUUUUAUUAUUCAGCAAUGACACGGGUGCUCUGAUAUCAGACCUGUUCAUCCCCCACCUUGUCCUUCUCCCGGCUGGACCCUGGUCUAUCGCUUCUUAUUGCCCCUCUUUACGACCUCUCCCUUCUGUCAUCUUUAUGAGCUUUUCUGCUGCAACCUAGGUCUUCGAAAAACCCUGAUAUCUUAGACUUACUGAUCCUACUCGUGGACGAUUGGACCUGUGCACACUCGGACCCCUUGAGCUGAUCUUGUAUCGGGAUCUGGAGCUGUGGAAGCCAGCUUCUCGGCCAUGACAGGCCCAGGACGCUCGCCAUCCUCGCCUUGGGUGCAGAGUACCCAGGGCGGUCAUCGUGAUGGCGUCACACAGUCCUUCCGCCCUAGCAUAUCGCCCAAUACCUUGGAACGACCGAGUCCUAACUACUUUGGCAUGGCGGCACCAAGUUCCAACUCGCAGACGUCUAAUCCAGGAGUAUCCCCGCAAAAGAGCUGGGGUGUGUCACCACACACACACUCUCUCCCGAGUCCCAAGUUACAAGUAUAUCAGAAGGAGUCUGUAUCGACGGGGUUGAUGAAUAUAUUGAAGACUGAGCCUGAGGCCAACCGAAGACGCCGUGAAUCCGCAUUUCAUGAAACCCCCUCCAACAUUGAUCCCCACGGAAGACCGUCAUGGUCCAAGUCAUCAUCCUCACAUCCAAUCGGAAAUGGGGUAGGAGCUGGCGCAAGUCCAGUGCCUUCACACAGUAUGGUUCCUCUCUACUUGAUCAUUGAAUCCCAAUUUCGUUGUUCUGCUGUUUGUCUCCACACAAUUGAUCCUAUACUUACCGUUCCUCCAGGUAUCCCUCCCACUGCAUUCCCUUGGGUCUCAUCCGAACGCUGUGCCGAUCUCCUUGGAUCGUCACAAUCGAGUAUCAUGUUAUUUGACGUCCGCCCAUUUGCUCAUUUCAGACAAGCCAAUAUUAAAGGAUCACUUAAUCUAUGCAUCCCAACCACUCUACUCAAACGUCGCUCAUUUGAUACCCAAAAACUGGAAGGCACCUUCACGGAGGACACUGAUAAACAAAAGUUUGCUCGAUGGAGAAACUGCAAUGUGAUCAUUGUAUACGACUCUGCUGCUGCCGAUUCAAAAGAUGCAGCGCCCCUUUUGAACGUUCUCAAUAAAUUUCAGGCGGAAGACUGGAAAGGGGAUGGUUUAAUAUUAAAAAACGGAUUCCAGGGAUUCUCGACUCAAUUCCCGCAUUUGAUUCAACGGCCACAGUCAAACACGACAGGUCCAUCGCCCAAACGCCGUGCGCCGAUGAGCAUCAAUCUGCAGUCUGUUGCUCCUGCCGUUGGUGGGUGUGCCCUACCAGAAUCAUCAUCGGCUAUUAAUCCUUUUUUCUCAAACAUUCGACAAAAUAUGGAUCUUCUCGGUGGAGUUGGACAGGUUCCCUUGAAACAGCCCGAUGGCCUUACCGAUGAAAAACGGCAGUCACUUCCUUCCUGGUUACGGGACGCUUCCGAUACCAAGGACCAAGGGCACCUCGUCUCCAACAAAUUUCUGGAUCUCGAGAAAAUGGAACUAGAGCGCAUGAAACAGGCUCUAACAUAUGAAGGUUCUGCAGCAGAGGCCACUGGUGGCUCCAAGAAAUAUCGCAUCGCUGGAAUUGAAAAGGGGACAAAGAACCGUUACAACGACAUUUACCCAUUCGAUCAUACACGCGUCCGACUCGAGGGGAUUCCAUCUGGGGCCUGUGACUAUGUCAACGCAAAUCACAUCCAAGCGGAAUUUAGCAAUCGGAGAUACAUCGCUACACAGGCUCCCAUUCCUGAUACAUUUAGUGACUUUUGGCGCGUGAUUUGGGAACAGGAUAUUAGAGUACUCGUUUCUCUCACGGCCGAAAUUGAGCGAGGACAGGUAAAAUGCGACCGAUAUUGGGAAUCCGGAAAUUAUGGCCCGUUCGAGGUCAAAGCAUAUUCGGAGAAGCACAUCCACAUUGAAUCCAAAGGGCAGCCAAUCAAUUCAACGAUUCGCAACCCUAAUGCAUCAGCCGAAAAGCCCAGUGGUACAAACGAAAACCCCGUCAUCGUUGUGCGGCAUUUCAGCGUCUCUCACACAGCAUUCCCUUUUCAACCGCUCCGGGAUAUCACCCAGCUCCAGUACCCUUAUUGGCCUGAUUUCGGAACCACGUCUCAACCUACCCAUCUUCUCAAUCUGAUCGAGCAGUGCAACAAGGUCAUUCGUGCCACAAGCAACACUGGGUUUAGCAGUCAGCAACCAGAACCGAAGGGUCAGCGGCCAAUCCUCGUCCAUUGCAGCGCGGGUUGUGGACGCACAGGGACUUUUGCACCGUCGAUAGUGUGCUAG